AUGAAAUUCGCACAUGACUUUCUUGGUUCAGAGUCUGUAGCUCUUAAAGUAGCUGACUUCGUCGUGAAAGCAUUUAACACGGUCAAAGGUCCGAACUCGUCGUCACGUAAGAAGCAAACUCGACCCACAAAUGAAGACUACGCGGAGAAAGAUUCUCAAAGCGAAGAGGGCAUUUACAAAGAUAAACCAAAUGCACUUUACCAAACAAGUGCAAUGUCACCGUGGCGCCAUCUUGUCCGUUUGUUAGGAUUGAGGCCGAAUCAAAUAAGCGCAGUCGCAGUGAAUGCUUUGGUGUUUGUAGCACAGAUGAUAUCAACUUUCCUUUCCGGAAAACUACAGAGAGGCAAACCUCAUCGAGUUGAAAAUCCCACAGAGUGGAUCCUGAACAAAAAGUCUAGAAGACUUCAAGAGAUUAUUGCCACUGCUAAAAAUGAAUCUUUAUCAGAACUUAUUGAAGACAUCAUAAAAGAACAGGAAUCACAGGAGGAAACUAGUUGCAUACGUUUAUUAGUAUGCAAAAUAACACCAUUUAUUACCAAAAUGCAAAAUACGGUAUUCGGUGGAAGCGAUAUGAGAAUUAACAAUAAUUCUACAGAUUCUUUUGGAGCUGAAAUUCUUUACCGCCAUCUACCGACCACGAAAGAAAUUUACAACCAUAGUGACGUGUGCGAAAAGCGGUACAAUGAAUGCGAUUUAAAUGCA